GAAGGAAUGAUAUCAUUAAGCUUGUCGAUUUUUUGCAAAUUGAUAAUUUAUCAUCAAGUUAAUUCCGUAGUCGAUAUAUGAAAUUCUGAAUGAAGUGAUAAGAGUAAUUAACAAAAAUCCUUGAAAUUCGCGGUGAUGUCGAUUUGAUAUUUACGGCCCUGAUUUGGAAGAGCGAUGGCGCCGCUGAACGAACUACUGGUUGCAGAAGCAGAGGCAGCAGCAGUAGCGGCAGCAGUAAGCAGUAGCAACAGCACGAGUCGUUGUGUGUCUCAGUCUCGCCGUGAAAAUUCGUAAGUGGUCCGCGUGACAGUUGUCUGGAGGUUACGUUUACAAGCCGAACGAUGAUGUCAAAGAGUUGGUGUCGCGUGAUUCGCGCGAGAUCGAACCAUUCAUCGAAUUGUCAGUGAAUCAUUACGUUCGUUGUUGGUUUUUUCUUUGUCGGUGCAAGCUUCUCUCUCUCUGUUGGCCAACAGGGAUAAUAGGCCGGGCCUAUCAGUACAGUAGGAAAAUGGCGGCUUGCCUUGCGCGAUGUAGACGAUGAGAGGCAACGAGGUUCUUGGCGUGAAGCGCUUGAACACAUUACGAAAAAAAAGUAACCUUUCGUUUUAUUGUCGAUUGUUCGCAGUGUAAAGUGCGUGGAGUUGGUGUUCGAUCAUCGGCGCGGUGAACGAAAAACACAAGAGAGAGAGAGAGUGGGAGAGGUUAAGAAAAAAAAAGGAGGGACCUUGUUAGCGCGAACACCACGAGUUACGAGAUGAGAGUGAGACGUGAGGAAGAACGAAGGAAAAAUAACACGAGAGCCGAGUAACGAAGAACCACUGUGCAUUCAGUUUGUGUACGCGUGUGUGCUCGUAUGAGAGCGAGAGGCGAUCAACGGUGACAAGUGUUCCGUCGACGGGGAACUUGGUCUUAGCCCCACGUCGACAAGAAGAUGAUAUUCUGGGUAUCAAGAUACCGCCGUGGCUACGUCGACCGCGAUCCUCGUGUCGCCGUUUGCUGUCGUCGCCAUUGAGCUGCGGCUGCUUUCGCGAAAAUUUGUUUUUUCGCGAGAGGAUAGCGAGGCCGUGGACGACGAGAACAACGACGAGGACAACAACGACGACGACGACGACGACGACGACGACGACGACGACGACGACGACGACGACGACGACGACGACCGCCACCAUCACUAUCACUAUCACUGUCACUAUCACUAUCGCUAUCGCUAUCACUAUCACCAUCACCAUCACCAUCACCAUCAUCACCACCACAACCACAACCACCACCACCUCCACUACCAACGAUCACAAGGAAAACUCGAGGGAAGAUGAGAGGCGCGUGCGACGGCGGCAUAGCGAGCUUUCUCGCUCUGGCGCUCCUCUGUUUAUUCCACACGUCAUGCAUUGUGGACGGACUGUUGAAGUGUUAUUGCGAUAUUUGCACGGACACCAAUCACACGUGCGAAACCGAUGGUUAUUGCUUUGCUAGCACCAGCUUGGAGAAUGAUAUGACCACAUAUGCCCGGAGGUGUUAUGAUAAGGUGCGCUUCUUCCCGGCGCCCGAAUACUCAGUCUGGUGCAAAGCGAAUAACACGCUACACGGUCCAGGUGACGUGGAAUACGCGGUCGCCUGCUGCGACCACUCCGACUUCUGCAAUCGCGACCUAAGGCCCUUUUUUACUCCUCGUGAGUCCAGAGGUGGGCCAUACUUCCGACUCGUCGAUUACCUCGAACGAGUGCGUUCGGGUGGCGAUGACACGGCGUGGGUCACUUGGAAAAUGGCCUUGAUGAUAGCAAUGCCAAUAUGCGCGAUCUGCGUGGUGGUUAUGGUCAUUUAUCACGUGCGUAAGACCCCAGAAAGGCCAGGAAAUAGCGAUGAUUCGCAGGAGGCACCAGAUCGACCCAUCCUGGGUGGUGUUACCAUCAGGGAUAUGCUGGAAAUGACUACCAGUGGCAGUGGCUCAGUAGGCCUGCCGCUUCUGGUACAGCGAAGCAUAGCCCGCCAGAUUCAACUGGUGGAGACGAUUGGAAAAGGUCGCUUCGGCGAGGUCUGGCGUGGUCGUUGGAGGGGUGAGAACGUUGCCGUGAAGAUCUUCAGCUCGCGUGAAGAAAGGUCUUGGUUCAGGGAGGCCGAAAUUUAUCAGACAGUGAUGCUCAGACACGAUAAUAUCCUCGGGUUCAUCGCAGCUGAUAACAAAGAUAAUGGUACGUGGACUCAGCUGUGGUUGAUCACAGAUUAUCACGAGAAGGGUUCGCUGUUCGAUUAUUUGAACAGAUCGACCGUUGAUACAAACGGUAUGAUCAGGAUGGCUCUGUCGAUUGCCACCGGGUUAGCGCAUCUUCACAUGGAGAUCGUCGGCACGCAAGGGAAACCAGCCAUCGCUCACAGGGAUCUCAAGUCGAAAAAUAUCCUCGUGAAGACGAAUGGCACAUGCGCGAUCGGCGAUCUUGGAUUGGCCGUCAGGCAUGAUGUAAUAACAGACACCGUCGAUAUCCAACUAAAUAAUCGGGUUGGCACUAAGCGGUACAUGGCACCCGAGGUUCUCGAAGAGACGAUAAACAUGAACCACUUUGAUUCCUUCAAGAGGGCUGACGUGUACGCUCUCGGGCUGAUCCUCUGGGAGAUCGCAAGACGAUGCAACGUCGGCGGAAUUCACGACGAAUAUCAGCUGCCGUUUUACGACUUGGUGCCUUCUGAUCCGACGAUCGAAGAGAUGCGUAAGGUUGUGUGUACCGACAGACAGAGGCCAUCGAUACCGAAUCGGUGGCAGUCGAUCGAGGCGUUACAAGUGAUGUCGAAGGUGAUGAAGGAGUGUUGGUAUCACAACGCGGCAGCUAGACUAACCGCGCUUAGGAUUAAAAAAUCUCUCGCAAACUACGGUGCGAUGGAGGACUUGAAGUGAAACGAGGAGAAUCAGCAGGUCGUCGAAAUGACCGGAAUACUAGAAGUGCUCGAAACAUACGUGGACAUUUACUUUAAUUGUAAUACUUUUAUCGCAAUAACACUUUUAAGUGCCGUGUUACUCCAUGAGUGAGCGAGAGAAAGAAAGGGAAGAGAGAGGAGAGAGAGAGAGAGAGAGAGAGAGAGAGAGGGAGAGAGAGCAUGGGAAAAAGAGCGAAAAAGAAAGAGAUAAGACAUUUGGUCGAAAGUGAGAAAUUCUAAUAGUUGGAUCAGAGAGCCUAACGAAAGACUGGUUAAAAAGAUAUUAAAAAAAGCGAAAAAAUCAGAGAAAAAAAAAAGAAAUAAAUGCAAUGGAGGUGACGUUCCUUUGAUCGCGUUGACUUGGUCGAGAUGUAACCCUAAUUUCAAGUUUCAGCUUGUACGUAUAAGGUAGCGGAAUUAUUCUAUGUAAAGAAGUCGUAGUCGGGCAAUUGAAAGGACGUCUUGUUUUAAAAGAUAAAGAAAAGAAAAUGUAAUAAAGCAUGUUUGGGAGCAAUGGCUAACAGAAACAUGGACAGGGUUGGUGAUGAAUGUCCAAAAUGAGAGAAUAUCAGGGCGUUCAGUUCCUGACGAUCGAUCGAUCGAUUGGUUGAAACGGAAUAAACAUGCGUAAAGUGUUCGGUUAAUCGAAUAUGAUAUCGUGCCUGAUCACAUCUCACACACUUCUGCUGUAUAUUUAUUAAUAGUAAUGAUAAGAUAAUGACGUAUAUAAAUUAUUGAGUAAUAUUAAUGAAUAUUAUUGAGUAAUAUUAAUAAAUAUUAAUAAAUUUGUAUAUUAAUAUAUACACAUAUAUGUAAUUACGUAUAUUCGUUGUUGGGCGAUCCGAUUCGAUUAACCGAGGUAAUUUGUUCGUCGACUAGUUUGUAAUGGGAAUCAUUUCAGCAAGAUGAUUAAAUAAUUAACUAUCGAAUUCGAUUGACCGAUCGACAAUGAUUCCUGACAGGUGGACCUUCCUCGUCCAGCAUAUGGGUUGAGACGACUUCACGAGAAAAUAAUGGCCUCCGCGUCACAGUUUCAUAUGUUUCCGCUCUUUUCCUUAUACAUUUUAUACAUAUAUAGUUUUCUUCCUUUACUCAAAAUUUACACAUAGUGUCAUAUGGAUUUAUUCGCCUAUUUUACCGGUGCGUGCAGAGACUAAGUUUCUUUUUCCUUCUUUUAUGGAAGCAUAUCCAUACACAUCAUGUUACAAGAGAAAUGCAUAUCCUUAUUUCUCGUUUUUGCGAUUAGACAGAAUCGAAUGUUUACAUCGAUUCUGUACAUAUAUACAGGGUAGUUAGCAAGAGCCGAGCAAUUUAUGGUUGUCGAAUAGACACGGUCACACAGAAGUAUACGUGAUUUUGUUUUUGUUUAUAAGAGAAACUAUGAUCGAGAUGAAUGCUUAAACAAAAGAAACAAAAAUAAUAGCAUUCUUUAUUCAGCGUUUUUUACGUGAUCUUUUAUUCAACAGAAACAAACAAUACCUUUUACAUAUAGGUAUCCUUUUCGCAGCGGUAAAUUUCCAAUUGUUCUCAAAGUUUUUACAACGAAUGACAUUUUCUACUACUUGGUUUGGUUCGUUAACCGGAUAUUACACACACACGUACACAUAUACACACAUAUGAUACGACUACACGUAUUCUUAGCAUUAGACAUACCCAGAUGUUUUGCUCAAGACGAAAUAUUUUUGCGUAUUAAUCGUGAUACGCGAGCUGAAGGCGGUGCGUCAUGAUACGCGGGACUUUCGAAGCGUGUUUCCUUUGUAACACAGGAAGGCUGAAAUUAAAGGGUGCUAAGCUCAAGAAUGAAUGUUCGUUUACGUAUGAAAGGGACAGACUGAGCAACUGCGGAAUAGAAGAUAGAAAAUGGAAGAAGAGGCAGACUGCGAACCUACGACUGAAAGAUAGCGAAAAAGAGAGUUUUAAAAGAGAACAAAGAGGAGAAAUGAAAGCAAAUUGAUACAGAAAAAAAGAAAACAAAGAAAAACAUUGGAGAAACUAUAUUUUCGUGAAUUUUUUCAUGGAUCGAUGAGAAAGGGAAGCAUAGAGGGAGAGAGAGAGAGAGAGAGAGAGAGAGAGAGAGAGAAAGAGAGAGAGAGAGAGAGAACGAUGCUUAUGCUUCAAUUACGAACGCGUGUUCUCCUUGAAUAUUGUUAAUUAUCGCUUCGAUUUUUUCAUGAGUGAUAUUUUAUACGUUUCCUUUAGAUUCGCGUUUUAAGGAGCAAGAUAAAAAAUAUUCAUGAUUGUAACACGCGUUCCUAUGUGCCGUGAUUCCCGAAAAGCAAUCAUGAGAGACGGAGUUGUGCGCGUGUUUGUUACAUAGUGAAAACGAGCGAGUAAUAUGGAAAUAUGCGUAUGGUUUGUCUCUACGAAGCUAAAUUGUGUUUAACGACCACUCGUUGCGGCCCCAAAGACGGUUGAUUGAAUCGGUAAUGUCAAAUAAGAAGAAAAAGGGAAAAGAUAAUUAAGGACAUCAAAUUUCCUUCGACGGAGGUACGUGGUUAUGUUAUCGUAUAUUAUCGUGAAACAGAGCCGACACAUUCAGAAAAUGGAAGACACAAGAGAGCGUAAUUGGAACCGGACAAGAAUGAACAUGAAGUAACAAGGACGAUAGGAAAUAGAUAGUGCGUAAGAGAACACCAAGAAAGAAGGGAAAGGGAAAAUCGAGCCUUUGUCAUCCAAUAAUCAGCGUAAAAGUCUACAAACUUGCGAUUAAUUAUGGUAUAAUUAAUGGAGGGUCCUUCGAUAUGCACAUAAUUGUAUUUUUAUAUUGUUUUUUUUAUUAACUGUGUUCCUACAAGGGAACGUUCAACGGAUUUUUCUCUUUUGUUUUUUAAAAGGAACUUUAUAAACCAUUCGAAACCCAGCUGCUACGACCCUUUUAUUACGAAAAAAAAAACAAAGAAAAAAGAAACAAUCACAAUGUCGAUGACUCUUUUUUUUUUUCUUUGGAAGAAAAGCGACAUCGACAGUAGGAAUACUGAUGUACGAUCCAAUUAAAAUUUGUGUAUAAACGAUAUAAAUCUCUUAUAAAGAUGGGAACAAGACGUAUCUCUAGAAUAUUUUGUCAAUAAACAAAUUAAUAAAAUUCGUUUCUCUUCGA